CUUGUUUUCCCGCUGCACCCAAAAGAAAAAAGAAAGGGAACCCAGCCAUGCCUUGGAGAAACUAGUGAGAAAGCUUGGUUUUUGGCCUUCCUUUCUUGCUCUAGAACACACCUAGAACCCAAAAAUCUCUCCCCCUUUGCUGGAAAAGCCGGAUCUGCCCUGCUUUGCUCUGUCCUUCUGCCGGCUGCUCCUGCUUUGUGGGGGUGAUUUGCUCCGGUUUUGGACCGUGAGUUUCUCCCCAAAUUGCCGCCGGCUUCUCCCUCACCAGCCAAGCCCGGUUUUGCUUGCUGGAAAAUUCUGAGAAAACCCCAUGAGAUUAUCUAGUGUUUUGGCCAAUUUUGGAAGUGCAGUUACUGUUCACGUCGUGCACUGUUCACGUGUACUGUCCACAGAACACUGUUCACACCCCAAGGGUCAACAUUUAACGGGAAUUUAAAUGAUUAGUUUGUGAUAUGAGAACGAAUUUGGAGAUAUUUGAUCAUGUGGGGAUUUAUGGAAAUAGCAUUGUGAUUAGGAAUGAUCCUAAUGAUGAGUUUACCUUGAAUUUGUGAUAGUCCGGUAUUAAUUCUGAGGUGUUUUGAUUAGGUUCCCGAUAGUUCUGUCAGUUUAGUACGUGAAUUGAGUGCUCGGUUUUAUGCGAGUGAGGUAAGUAAAUUUAUGGUAAUGCCCGUACUGUUUUUAAAAGCAUGUUUUGAUUUGUUUUUGAAGUGGUGGCAGGACUAAACCCGUUUUACACAAGUAUGACUGAUUUGAAGUGAAAUGUUUUAUGCUUUUCACUAAAUUGAGCAUGCCUACUUGAAAUUUAAGUGAUUGUCCUGAUGAUUUGAAAGUGAUUGUGAAUUGUGAUUUUCCUGUUAACUUCUGCCUGUUUUGUCUCCGAUAUGGUCAUGUUAUUCGUGUGCCCGCUAGUGAGAGGUUUAUAAACGCUAGCACAUGUCGCCAUGUUACUGAUAGAACCGGUUCGUUUCUGUAACCCUACUAGUGGGGGUUAAACACUAGUAAUUUCUGUAGCCUGUCAGUGGGAGGUUUAUAACACUGGCCGUGACCUAUAGAGGAGACGUCUAUUUCGUUCCCGUACUGUAUCUGUUUUGCGUGAUUGCACAUGUGGCAUGCUAUAAGUUUAAUAAGGGCACUCCAUAUUUUACUUACUGAGUUUAUCUCAUAGUUUUUCCUUGUCCACCAUUUCAGGAUGUGAAACCGAGGACGGGGAAACCACGGGAAGUGACGAGUUAGAAAGCUAGCCAUUUCAGGAUUGAUAUAGAUUUUAGAAGUAAAUCAUGAUCUUGUAAACCAGAGUGUAUUUGGAGAUUUUAUGAUAUCAGAGUAAAUUUUAUAAUUUGAUCUUCAGAUUUUGGUGGUAUCAGAGUGUGAUGUGAUAAGUUCCGAGCCUUGUGCAUUUGUGGGACUCGUCUCACGAGUGCACGGCGUCUGCCA